UCCCCACCACGGCCAACCCCUCGCCGCUUCUCCUCCCCUACAGCCCAGCUGCCUCUUGGCUGAACCUGCAUUUUAAAAAAAGAAAAAAAGGAAAAAAAAAGAAAAAAGAAAAAAAGAGGCCGGUACCCGCAGGGCUGUUUUGCUGGAGGAGGAUCCCGGGCGAGCCUCGCCAUGGGGCGCAGCGGCGCCGGGGUGGCUUUGCUGACUCUGUGGCUGCUCCCGCAGCCCACCUCCUCCUUUUGGCUCUUCAACGUUCUCUUCCCACCCACCAGCACCCCAGAAGCUCCCCCGAGCAACAGCACUCCGCCCGUGGUGCUCGUGCCCGGGUGUCUUGGAAACCAACUGGAAGCCAAGCUGGACAAGCCAGAUGUGGUGAACUGGAUGUGCUACCGCAAAACAGAGGAUUACUUCACCAUCUGGCUCAACCUCAACACCUUCCUGCCAGUGGGAGUGGACUGCUGGAUUGAUAACACCAGGGUGGUGUACAACAGAACCUCACGGAAAAUGUCCAAUGCCCCCGGGGUGCAUAUCCGUGUGCCCGGCUUCGGCAAGACCUAUUCCGUGGAAUACUUGGACCAGAGCAAGUUGGCAGGUUACAUGCACACCCUGGUGCAGAACCUCGUGAACAAUGGCUACGCCAGGGACAAGACGGUCCGAGCAGCGCCCUACGACUGGAGGGUUGGGCCCCAAGAGCAGCCUGAAUACUUCCAGAACCUGAAGACACUGAUCGAGGAAAUGCACGAUGAGUACCAGCGCCCCGUGUUCCUCAUCGCACACAGCAUGGGCAACCUCAACGUCCUCUACUUCCUGCUGCAGCAGACACAGGCCUGGAAGGAGCAGUACAUCGGGGGCUUCAUCUCCCUGGGAGCCCCCUGGGGAGGGUCUGUCAAGCCCCUGCGUAUCCUGGCAUCUGGUGACAAUCACGGCAUCCCACUCAUGUCCAACAUCAAGCUGCGUGAGGAGCAGCGCAUGACCACCACCAGCCCCUGGAUGUUCCCAACAAACUUGGCCUGGCCCGAGACCCACGUUUUCAUCUCCACCCCCUCUUACAACUACACCUACCGGGACUACCAGCGCUUCUUCAUGGACGUCAACCUGGAGGACGGGUGGUACAUGUGGGAGGACAUGAAGGACCUGCUGAAGGACUUGCCUCCUCCUGGAGUGGACACGUAUUGCCUCUACGGCACGGGCCACCCCACCGUGGAGACUUACAUCUAUGAUGAGCAUUUCCCUUACGAGGACCCCGUGGACAUGGUUUAUGGGGACGGAGAUGACUCCGUCAACACGCGCAGUCUGGAGCUCUGCAAGAGGUGGCGUGGGCAGCAAAAGCAGAAGGUGCAGGUCCGGGAGCUGAGAGGUGUUGACCACCUCAACAUGGUCUUCAGCAACCUGACACUCAGCUCCAUCAAUGAAAUCCUCCUGGGGAGCCCACAGGAGCAGGAGGAGCCGGGGCAAGGGAGCUCUGGCUCGGAGGUAGGGAAGGAGGGGAAGAUCCUACCUGGAUGGAAGGUCUUCAAGGAGUCCAGGAAGAACUGAAAGGAGCGAGGGCCAGCUCCCCUCCAUGCUGGUAGCCACCAGAAGCUGCCACGCAGGGUAGCAAAGGACUCUGGAGAUGAUGAGUUUGGAAGGAAAAGGAGCAAGACCACCAGCUCAGGUGGAUGGGCUGGUACCCACUUCCACGCUGAUGGGUCCUUCUUUUUGGGAACAGUAAUUAAUUAUACUUCAGAGGCUUGUCACUGCCCACCGCUGGGUGGGUAAUUAACCACGCUGCCAGCUCAUUAACAUCACACUUGCUCAUUACAGCACCCUUGGCACCAGCAGCUCAUGUUCAGCCACUUCAGCAGCCCUGGAGCCCACGGUGCCACAGCCUGGGUGCCAGCUCUGACCUCCCAGUGACACGGGGGUGAUGUGGGGGUGGCACGGCGGGUGUGCCAGCCAACAGCCUGCGAGCAGUGAGAUGGCUCCCCGGGCAGGAACAGCUCGAAAUCAGCAGAUUUAUACAAUAAUAAACACACUUUGCUGCUUCCGA